AUGAUUUAAAAUUAGAAGUAGGAUAACAACAAAUAGGUUAAUCAUAAUCGCCACUAUAAAAAUAGCUACAAUAAUAGCAAACAAGAUAAGUGUGACUCCUUUCAAAUGAAUUCAGUAAAUAAUAUUAAAAAUGACAGCAACAGUGCAUGCUUUAACUAAAAAUAUUGCUUUGAAUGGAACAUACCUCUUAAUGAUAAUCUAGUUAACAUUUAAGGAUAUCCUCUUUCAAGUCUCAUAGACAAAUUUGAAUUGCCAGAAUACGAUGAAUGUAUGUCGAUGCAUCAAUGCGCUAUCACUAAGAAAAUACCACUUAAUGGAACUCUAUACAUAUACAAUUCAAAAAUUUGUUUUUUUUCUCGUUAUAAUGCAGACACUCUAGUUGGAAAAGCUACUAUUGUAUCUAUCCCAUUAAGCGAUGUAUCUUCAGUUCAAAAAAAGAAAACUGGUUUCAUUUUCAACUAAGGAAUUGAAAUAAUUCUUAAAAAUCAUCAGCACUUUUUUUUCUCUGCUUUUAAAGAUCGUGAUUAGGCUUACAAUUACAUGACUGAGCUACUUUCAUGGUAAAAACGCUUAUAGCCUAGUGCUGAAGAUCUGAAUAUAGAAUGCAUCAGAUAAGAGCUUUAGGCACUAAAACAGUAGAUUGAAUAGAGUUAAAUUAGUAAAAAAACAAGCAAAAAAAAAAUUUUCAGUUAAAAUAAUGCUGGAAAUGGACUUUAAAAAGAUGUUCAAUAUGAAGAAAAACAAUAAGAUAUCAUUCAAUUGUCUUCGGAUGAAGAAGAAGAUGAAGAAGAAUGGGAAGAAAUAAAGAGUGUAGAAGAAAUGUAAAAGAAAAAAGAGGUAGAAAAUCAAUGGAAUUAGCAUAUCGAUAAAUUAACUUAAGUAUAUCAGCAAAGGGUUGAAAAAUUGCGAAAUGCUGUAUUAAAUAACUUUGAAGUAUCUACCAAAGCUAAGUGGACUUCAAUAGAUAUAAAAAAUGUCUCUGCUAAAGAGAUAUACAUACUAUUCUUUGGAAAUAACAUAUUUGAAGAUGAAAAAUAAGUUGCGUAUACAAAUUUUGGGAUGUACUAUAACACAACUGUGCUUAAUGAGCUGAAUAUGGUCUAUAGUGACAUAGUUCCAGAACCUCCUCUUUAUUUUACUAAUCUCUAUGACAAUAACAAGCUAGAAAUUAUUGAUUAUGCAGAAUAUUCUACAAGAAAAUGUACCUUUACUCAUAUUAUAAAAGAACCAUUUAUGCCAAAAAGUUGUGACUGUUUUAUUGAAGAGAAAAUUUAUUGGGUAUCUCCUAAAGAGAUAUUGAUAGAAAGGGAGCUUGCUUUCUAAGGAAUACCACUUUCUAGUCAUUUUAAUCCAAGAGUGAUCUACCAAAUAUUGGAAACAGGAGAGUCAGAUUAAAUUAAAACUUAAAUCAGAAGUGGAUAUUAUAUCCAUUACGUAAAGGACACAUGGUUUAAAUCAAAAAUAGAUAAAACUUCUGAUGAAGAAAAUAUAAAAAAUUGGGAAAAAAUCAGUAAGCUCUAUAUCAAAUAUUCAGAGAUAUGGAUUAAGCGCAGAGAGUAAGGUCUGUAACUUUAAAAGAAACAAAAAGCUGCAAUCCACUCAUCUUAAAUUAAAUAGCAAACAAACUGUAAUCCAGAGCCUCAAAAUAAUGUAGAUCAAGAUUUAGAAAUAAUUUAAUCAUCAUAGAAUACUGAUGAUAAAUAAAUAGCUGAUAUAGCAGAUGUUUCUUAAUCAAUGUGUAAUAUUUUUUGA